AUGUCUGACUCAUCUACUGACAGUCCUUCGUCGUCUUCUUCUACCCCUUGCACAUCCCCUCCCAUGACAAAUGACUUUUCUUGCCCUUCUGCAAGAGAACAAUCUCCAUACAGCUUGUAUCUAGCUGAACCUUCACCCAGAAUGAACAUACCUUUCCUACUUGUAGAUCCAGAUUCUACUGAUCCCCUUCAAAGCUCGAUUAUGAAAUUGUGGCAAUCAUCCGAGCCAUCCUCAGAACGAAAACAGGAAAUGGAAGAACUCCGAUCGCUGAUGACGACAGCUUUCAACGAGACUUUCUGUCCUCAACACAUGCAAGAUGGAAGGGGACGAUUCAAGGUUGAAAUAGUUGGAAGUACAAGUUGGGGAGGGGAGAUUUCUUCUUCAACAGAUGUUGAUUUGGUUAUUGUGGACCGAGAAUUACCAAGAGGAUAUAUACCUUCCAUGUGGACCCAACAACCGUUCUCAAAAGCCUCACAGUCGAAAAUCCCAAGUACUAUCCCAUUAUUGAAAUUUGUCGAUCCCGCAAGGAAAUUAGGAUGUGAUAUCGUGUGUAAUGAUUUAUCUGGAAUGUACAAUUGUUCACUUGUCCUCCAUUAUUCUUUUUUAUCACCAUAUGUAUUUCGAUCAAUGAUUAAUUUCCUUAAAAACUGGUCGAAAUCCCGCCAAAUCAGUAACGUAUCUUCUUAUUGUUUAGCAUUAAUCACCAUCGCCUAUUUACAAUAUAUAGGACAUUUACCCAGCCUCCAGUGCGACGCCCCUUCUCCACUCUACCAUAAUUACCAAGACUUGUUGGAUGAUCAAGAGUUGAUCUGGGUAGAAUGGGGUAGACCUCAAGCGCUCCCUGCUCAUACAUCAUUCUCAACUUCAUCUCCGAUAAAUUGGGAACCCGUCGAUCCAGAUUUAACGGUCUCAAAAGCGGUCAAGGGUUUUUUCAGAUUCUUCAGUAAACCAUCUGUAGCUACGUCUAAAUCUCUCGACUUUGAAAAUGAAGAACCCAGAUUCAAUUCAACCAGACAAGUCAUUUCAAUCCUACAUGGCGGUAUCAUAACCCGCACUCAGCCAUUCGGAGACGAUUCGUUUGAUAGGUUAGAGAAAGACCAAAUAGACUAUCUGAUUUAUCGAAAGUUCACUCGUGCCCAAAUCAAAACGAUAAUGGAAGAGUGGAGAAACGCUAAAGCCUUGGAAAUUGAAAUGAAGAUGGGUAAAGGUGAAUCGCUGCAACCUGCUCACUGGGUGAAACAGUCAUUCAUCGUACAAGAUCCAUUCAAGUGGUCUAAGAGCAUCAACGAAAUGCAUGAAUUACUGGAACGACUGGGAUCACACGCCACAGCGGAAGAUAUCCUGUGUAGACAAACAGUUGCCGAGACUACAAACAAUAGUUUUUUACAAAUCGAACUUUAG